UGCGUACUGCGCACGGGCUACAACGAUUAUUAAGUUAAGCGCCGUAGCCACGUCCCGGAUUUGAUCCGUUUCAACUUUUGUUUCCAGGUAAUUGCUAUUCUUCUCAUUCUACCUGGGGGAACCGGGCCUAAUAAGCUUAUGCGUGUCUCGUUGUUUGCUGUACAUACAGCACAGUACGUAUUCGUACGGUACCAGCCACACCUCUCGUAACUCGGAACGGAGUUACAGAGUUCAAGUGAUUAAUUUUUUCGACCGCUACAAUGUAUAUGUGCCAAGUCAUGAUUUGGAACAAAGAAAGCGACUUGUUUGCUCUCGUCACGGGGUGCAACCUUCGGCAAGAUUGCCACCAACCAUGGAGUCGGGACCGGGGGCCGCGCCCGUUGUUUUGCAGAACAGGGAUUUACCUUCUUUGUCGGACCCGAUGAUUAUAUUUUCAUGGGAUGCCUAUCAACAACAAGACUACUAUUCGCAGUGUUCGCCCCAGGAUGCUAGCCGGGGGCAACAAAGACGCUCCUUGACUUGCAUCAGAACAGUUCAACCCAGCCAUGUAUAUAACGCUGCCAACAUGCUUCGGCGCUACAUGCUCUUAACUUGGAGGAAAGUCCGUAACAGUACCAUUCUCCAUUCACUAGCUGGAAUCGUGGUACACGAACGAACCACAACAAGCAUGGAUAACAACGCAGGAGCUUUGAAUAAGAAGCCCAAGAUCGCCCGAAUACAGACAGGUGACCAGACACAAAGGCUACCCAACAUAGAGACUAUCUCAAUUAGCGAAGGUUAUGAAAAUGAACCACCUUCGACCGAACUUGGCUCAGCAGUGACGGAAGAUAUAUCACCAAAGACAAUUCCGGGGCGAGGCAGACAAGGAAUACGCCUAAGGUCCAUAUCAGAGUCGCCUAUUUCGAGAAGAAAAAACGCUGCCGUGGACAACAAAACUUGGCUCAAUAGAUUAAGAUCUAGGCAGGCCAGCGUUGCGUUCUACGCAAACCGACAGUUACCUACACAACUUACCCUUGGUGACAGGGCCGAACUCCGGCGAUCGUCCUUCCAGCGCUUCAGAGCCGAGUUGUGGAAGAAAGGCGAGCAUCGGUUCAGGAAUGACUUGGAUACUGAUGCCAUCAUUAUCCCAGUGCCACUGGAAGAGGACAAAGACAAUAUAGAUUUGACGCCUGGGACGAAAUUGGUACGAGUCGUGGUCCACUCUGCCGGACGGGAAUCCAUUGUUCUAAAGAGGAGUUUCGAUAUCGAAAAGCUCAUGGCGACUGUCCCGGAGCCCGCUAUGGCCCCAUGCUCCCCGGUAUUCAACAAGGACGCAAUGAUGGCGAGUCUCUAUGUUGGCAGACGACAAUCCCAGCAGGGAAUGGCUAUACGACACUCAGUAUCCCCGGAAUCUGCUCAAAGCAAUGGUCCUCGGACAAUCCCCGACACGACGGAUGGGUGGCCGAUUCAUCUUCAAUACGCCCGAGCCCAGGUUCCGAUUCUGGCCUCGUUUUUGAUGUCACCUCUUGUAAAACGGCACGACAUCAUCGAGCUCCCCGUUCCUUACCCGGAGUCGUGGUCAGAGACAGUCGCCUUUCUCUAUACUGGCGAGGACUCGCUCGUUUCGGCCGAAGUCAGAUCGAAUGUGAGGCAUCUCGGGGGAAAGAUUUAGCAUAAUUCGCCUUUAUUGAAAUUAGCAGACGGGUCUUGUUCUCCGCCGACUAAAUUGGCCGUAUUCAUUCGAAACGCAGGUUGGGGCCAGCGAAGAUACUCGCGCUAGUGAUGUAGGACUCUGGAGGGUUGUGACACGUCAGAUAUGCUCUCUACACUAGAUUCUAGUAAAAGGAUUAGAACCUGCGGCUACCGGUAUAGCGCCUUGUUCGUUAAAGAAGCCAUGAACUUUUCUUUCACACGUGAAAUGUGGCAUUAUCUGGCCUUGAAGAUAUAGCCAAAAUUGCCGAGGAUGUUGGAGAUCGAACGAGUGCGGGCGGUCGCCGCCCUGAUUCUCAGACCCGUGUAUGCGUGACAUGUUGCAUUCAGUUGACAGGUCGUGGCCAAAAGAUACGCCACAGCCACUGAAAUUGAUUGUGGCUGGCUUCCAGCGGGAUCUGAAGGGUUGACUCGUCAAAUGGCGUUCGCAAUGAAGAGACCCUGCCCCAUAUUCCACUGCAACGAGGCUCUCCUGCCUGUGGUGGAUAUACGGCGAGUCGCGCGCCAUAGACUGAAGCCUCCGUACGGAUGAAGCAUCAUUUUCCGGUGCUUUGCAAACCUGCCCCGCUUUCCAUUGUUAUAGCGGG